CCGCCGCCGGAGCCAUGAUCGGGGACCUGCUGCUCUGCGGGACGCUGCUGGUGAACGCCGGUGCCGUGCUCAACUUCAGGCUGAGGAGGAGGGACACGGAGGGAUUCGGAGAGGAGCCGAGGGAACCCACGACCGGUGACAAUAUCAGAGAGUUCUUGCUGAGUCUCAGGUAUUUUCGAAUCUUCAUUGCCUUGUGGAAUAUCUUCAUGAUGUUCUGCAUGAUUGUGUUAUUUGGAUCUUGAAAGCCACCCAUGGACACAUUGGAAGAGACUUUUGGCUGGGAACAAACUUUUCUGGAAGUAAAAGAUUCUGAUGCUCUCCAGCUGCAGCCCCAGGCCUGUGUGGAGCUGGGACAAGCUCGUCCCCUCCAGGUUCCUUCUCUGCCAGGGCUUGGAGCCACAACCUUCACACAAAUUAUCUCAGCUUCACUGAAACAGAAUUUUAACUUGGUUUUCUAAGCUCAGAGUGGGGAGCAAAGGAGAAUUGGAGCCAGUUUCAAACCUUUGCCUUGCCAGUCCCAGCUGGGGCUGUGCCAGCUCGUGUUACCCCUGUCCAAGUCACACUCUUUAGUUCUCAGUUUUGUGUAAAAGUUGAGCAGAGUGUUCUUGUACCUUCUCACUAUUCCAUUCAUUUUGUUGGAGGUGUAGAAGAUUAAUAUUCAAGAACAAAAAAAUGCCGUUUUUGCCUUCUCCCUGUUUUUCCAGAAAAAAAGCACUUUCUAAAUUAAUAUUUCAAAGAUUUUUUUUUUUCCUAAGCAAUAUGUAAGGGAUUUUGAACGGGGGGAAAAAGGCAAAAAUAAUUCUUUAAGCCAAUGUUAAGAGAUAAUUUUGAAAUAAUAUUGGAUUUGGUUGAAUAAAGCUGUUCUAUUUAAGGGUAAAAUA